CGCGGACCCGCUUGUUUAUUGCUUUCGCGUUCGCAUUUUUCAACGGGGUGGUACGGUGUCAGUGCGUCCGGACCGUACAGAAGACCGGCAUAAAGUAAAAGGUCGAAGGUUCCCGUGUCAACUGAAUUGGAAACUGUUUUGCGAGUCCGGUGAAUAUACGUAUUUGUUGUUGAGGAGACGUCGACCGACAUGUUUGUCGAGGAGAAAGCGGAUAUGGAUGGCGUGGGCUUCACACUGGCCCUGGGGGCGCUCAAAGCUCUGGCCCUCAUCUACGAUAUCGUCACGUUCCCCGUUUACCUGAUCCUCCAGAGACCGUGGGUGGUUCGCCAAUUGUCAAGGAAGAUACAGGGAGUUCUGGUUGCCGUUGAGGCCAACAGUCCAAAUAAUGACGUAAGCAUUGAUAUUAGUGGAAACGAUACUAACAUACCUAGUGAAACGCCGUCUAAAAACCAUAAGGCGAAACAAAUCACGAACGAUGCGAAGAGCAUCACCUACACCUCCACCAGCGAGCCGGGCAAACACCACGUCGCCCUGGUGCGCGAGAACAUCGACACCAUGGCCAAAAUGUUCGAGUACGUAGCCCGCACCUACCCGAACAAACGGUGUCUGGGUACCAGAGAGAUCCUCGGCGAAGAGGAUGAGAAACAACCCAACGGUCGUGUGUUCAAAAAGUACAACAUGGGUGACUACAAGUGGAAGACGUUCUCCGAAGUCAACAACCUGGCCACCAACUUCGGCAAAGGCUUAAGAGAGAUCGGCAACAAACCCGGCGAAAACAUUGUAAUCUUUGCCGAAACCAGAGCCGAAUGGAUGAUCGCCGCCCACGGUCUGUUCAAACAGAGCAUCCCCUUGGUGACGAUCUACGCCACUCUCGGAGACGACGCCAUCGCCCACGGCAUCAACGAAACGGAAGUCACCACGGUGAUCACCAGCUUCGAUUUGAUGCCCAAGUUCAAGAACAUCCUCAAGCUCACCCCCAAAGUUAAGACCCUCGUGUACAUGGAAGACCAGCUCAAAUCUUUAGACCCCAAUGGUUACAAAGAAGGCGUAGAAAUCAUUAAGUUCUCGGAAGUGUUGACCAAGGGUGCCAAAUCCGAAAUCGACUCCAGACCACCAGGACCAGAAGACCCGGCCAUUAUUAUGUACACGAGUGGCUCCACGGGUGUGCCAAAGGGCGUUAUUUUGUUGCACAAGAACUUGAUCACCACUCUGAAAGGUUUCUGCGAUUCCACCGACAUCUACGACACCGACGUGAUGAUUGGCUUCCUCCCUUUGGCUCACGUGUUCGAAUUACUGGUUGAGAGCGUUUGUCUUUUAACCGGUGUGCCCAUCGGCUACUCAAGCGCCCUCACUAUGUUGGAUUCCAGUAACAAGAUCAAAAAGGGUACCAAAGGUGACGCCACAGUUUUGCACCCCACUUGUAUGACCAGUGUACCCUUAAUUUUGGACAGGAUCUCGAAGAACAUCCAGGAAAAAGUGAGCAAGGGUGGCGCCAUGAAAAAGAUCGUCUUCAAAUUCGCCUACGAUUACAAAAUCAAGUGGACGAGACGCGGCUACUCAACACCCUUAAUCGACCGAGUCAUAUUCAAGCCAGUUAGACAAUUGAUGGGCGGAAGAAUGCGACUGGUGAUUUCGGGAGGUGCACCUCUAUCUCCCGAAACGCACGAACAGAUCAACGCGUGUCUUUGCGUCACUAUUGUCCAAGGCUAUGGAUUAACGGAGUCAACGUCUUGUGCAUGUGUCAUGUACUUCCACGACAAGAGUUUCGGUCGUGUCGGUGCUCCAUGCACGAUCUGCGAUAUUAAACUGGUGAACUGGGAAGAGGGCAACUACAGGGUGACCGACAAGCCUUACCCACGCGGAGAAGUGUUGAUCGGCGGCGAUAACAUUAGUGCUGGUUACUAUAAAUUGCCCGACAAGACCAACGAAGACUUCUUCGAUGAGGGUGGCAAACGGUGGUUCAAAACUGGUGACAUUGUCGAGGUUCACAACGAUGGCGUCGUCAAAAUCAUCGACCGCAAGAAGGAUUUGGUGAAGCUGCAGGCCGGCGAAUACGUGUCCUUGGGCAAAGUCGAGGCACAACUGAAGACUUGCCCGUUGGUCGAUAACAUCUGCGUCUACGGCGAAUCGUCGAAACACUACUGCGUCGCCUUGAUCGUUCCGAACCAACAACAACUGAGAGACUUGGCCACCAAGAAAGGACUGCCGGAAGAUCUGUCGUUCGAGGAAUUGUGUCAAUUGCCCCAAAUGGAGAAGGCUGUUAUUGAAGAACUGAACGACCACGGAAAGAAAGGUAAAUUGGAGAAAUUUGAGCUUCCCGCCGCCGUCAAACUCGUGACAGAAGUCUGGUCUCCCGACAUGGGACUCGUAACGGCCGCCUUCAAACUCAAACGAAAAGACAUCCAGGAACGUUACCAGCACGAGAUCAACAGGAUGUACGCCUCUUGAAACAGGAAUUAAACGUUCUGAAAUGUUUUUAAAUGUCAACAUAAGCAAGCGAAAACGUGCAUUCAAACGUCUUUAUAAUCUUAUAUGUGUUUCCUCCUUGUUGCACGCCUAUAAAAAACGCGACAGCUAAAAUUGCACUAGGUUUAGUUUAAUGCGCGGUGGAUUUUCAUUUUGUAAUAUAUCGUUUUUUUGUAUAUUUCGUAGUGUAAAAUAUGUUUUAAUUUGCGUUUUUUGAUUUUAAUAUGUAUCUAGCGAAAUUUUUUAUGUUAUAUACACACGUAUUUUUGUACAUAAUGUUUAAUUGUAUAUAAAUGCAUUUUCAUUCAAUUGCUUAUGCCUUGUUUUGUAGUUUCAAUUUUACGAAACUAUGCAAUACAAAAUGUUCUAGUUUUGUAUGUUGUUUGAGAUUAUGAACAGAAAUGCAAUUUGGCCAAUAAGAAACUGCAUUUUCUCUUAACGAAUCCUUUGUUAUUAUUAUUAUUCUUGUUGUUAUUAUUUUAAAAUUAACUACGCCCUAAAGACUGUAAAUAAUGUAAUUUUAUUGAGGAAUUACUUGUCAAGUCGGUCCAACCACUCAAGCUUAGGAUUUUUCGGACAAGUAAACGAUUGUGUAAAUUUGCAAAAAUGUACAUAAAUUUAGUACAACAAUUACUAUUAGAUUAAAUUAAUUGUUUAUAUUAGAGAAACAUGGUGCUGAAAGAUAAUUUUUUCAUAGGAUCAAUCUCCAUUUAUCCUUGAAAAAACCGUUCGAGAGAAAAAUCGUUUGAGCAUUAUAUUCAUGUUUUUUUUUUUUCAUUGAAUUAUUGUGAACUGAAUCCUUUACAAACUUAAGAUUUAUUUGGAGUAGUGUAGAAACGGGUUGGACAAUUUUUUAGGAUUACAUAACAUCACAAUUCUCCUUAUCAUAGCGUAAUUUAGAAUCUAAAUUUUAGAUUUAUUUUCUUCUGAACAAGAGCCUUUUGAUAAUGUAUUAUUAUUGUAAGAAUAUUUAUUUAAAAUAAUGUGUGAAUGAAAUCCAGUAUGUAUAUUAUGUGCAAUAGAGUAAUAAAUUUACAUAAUUUUAAA